GCAAUGAUUCCUCCAGUUAAGGCAGUGUUCAUGGAAGCUGCAGGAUUGAAAGAAGAAGACAAAGAAGAAUUGUUGAAAAUGUGCAUUUAUUGGAAAUACUAAAUUCUCAGACUGUUCCUGAAAAGCUGCUAUAUGAAGCUUUCUCUCACGUGGCAUGACUGAGAGGGUGAUGUUGCAGGUACUAGAGCGGAUCUUGUUACUUGAGGUGCAGACGUAGUAUCCUGAUGCAUCUUUAGAGAUAUUGUAUAAAGACAAGAUGCCUCCCUCUGAAAGACAAAAAGACAUACACACAACGAUGCCAUCAAUGCGCUCAAUCAAUAAUCAACUCUUUGUUGGUGUUCAGAAACUAAACAGUGCUGAGCCUCAAAACAUCUUAAAAGUGUUGGUUUGUGUGUGCUGCACACCACCCUGUGGUUCACCUUUGGUCAUCAAACAUGGCUGAGAUUUGACUCGGAAGUGGCCGAGUGACGGAGGUUAAGCUUCCAACUUGUAUCAAGUGCAAACUAUGGUCGUACAUUUGCAGAGGGAACCGGAGCCGAUUAGGCCUAUUUGCAUUGAAACCCGACAGCAACCUGUGAGAGAUGCGCCCAAUGGGUGCGCCCGCCGCGUCUGGACAACAGACAGCGCUCCCCGCCAAUCACUGCAGCUCCUGCAGUUCAGGUACAGGGCCAUCGUGAAGCCCCUGGACAUCCAAACAUCAAGCACAACUACCAGCAUUGUCCUGCGGGCGGCGCUCAUCUGGCUCUUCUCCCUGGUCCUGUCUAUCCCCGAGGCCAUCUUCUCUGACCUCCACACCUUCAAUGACACCUCCACUAAUGAGAGUUUCGUCACCUGCGCCCCUUACCCACAUGCUGGAGAACUGCACCCUAAGAUCCACUCCAUGGCCUCCUUCCUCAUUUUUUACGUCAUUCCCCUGCUGAUCAUAUCCAUGUACUACACCUUCAUUGCCCGGAGCCUGAUGAGGAGCGCCUCAAACCUGCCUGUGGAGGGGAACGUGCAUGCAAGACGACAGGUUGAAUCAAGGAAGCGCUUGGCCAAGACUGUUCUGGUGUUUGUUGGCCUCUUUGCCGUGUGCUGGCUCCCCUGUCACGUCAUCUACUUAUACCGCUCCUAUCACUACUCCCAGGUGGACACUUCCCUUGUUCACCUUGUAUGGAGCAUUGUAGCUCGUAUCCUGGCUUUCACCAACUCCUGCCUCAACCCCUUCGCCCUUUGCCUGCUGAGCGAGACCUUCCAGAAGCAGUUCAACCAGCAGCUGUGUUGUUGCUGUCGUAUGAUCCUCAAGCACUCCUCACAGAGCCCGACUCAUUAUAACACACAUGUGACGUCUGUCCGCAGCACACAUCACUCUAUGGCGAGUCUGAGCAUGGUCAAUGGCAGACGGGUCUAUCGGGAAGAAUGUGUGUAAGGGAAGUGUGUGUGUGUGUGUGUGUUUUUGUGUGUUAAACUUAUUCAUUUAAUUUCAGAGCAGUUUGUUUUUUACAAGCUAACUGCGAUAUUGUGCAAGCAUUAUUUAAAAAGUCUCAGUGCAUUCUUUGCUUUUGAGUCAGUGACCCCGUAAUUAUAUAUACUCUCUGUUUUCACAAAACGUUUUGAUCAUAAGAGCCAUGUAUAAAGAUAUAUAGUUGAAUUAUUGUACCUAAAGGAUACUCCAUUAUUUAAAUACACACUUCCAUUAAGUGUGGGGGAUUGAGGUAGACUUUAUUAUCGUUAUUAUUAUAAGAACUAUGGUCAUCAGGGCAGCAGAGUAUUAGUAUGGGUCAAACACUGGACCCUACAUUGUCCAACUCUGUCUCCAAGAAAAUUUAAAUGUAUAAUACAAAUUUGCUUUCCCAAUUACAACGUGCUGCCUGGAUUAUAUUCACAGGAAACUGUUUAACAACAGAAAGUGUAACAUUUUUGUGCCACAUGGCUGUCCUGAGGACACCGUAGACUGGUGGAGUCCUACGUAACAAAGUACCCCUAAUGAAAUAAAAUAACCUAAAUCACAACCAUUGGCACCUUUUUAUGAUAAAUCAGAUACUUUUGCUAUGAUGUUGCCAAAAGAUAGAAGUGAGUGAGUCAGUGUGCUUUAUUUAAUAUGUGGUAUCUUUUUAUAUUGCUGGAGAUUCUCCUGAAUAUUGAUGUAUACUAUUAUGCCUGCACCGUUUGUGUAUAAUCUUUCUAAAUGUUUGCUGAGAUGAUAAUGUUAAGUGUACCUUAAGAGAUGUAUUUUAAAUGUUAGCACUCUGGUUACGUCAUGUUUAUUUAACUGUGACUCAGGUGUACACGGUGUGUAAAAUGAACAGUGACUGUAAAUGCAUGUGUUAAAAAUCACAUUGCCCUUUGGUAUUGGAUUACGCAAUGUGUGUUUAUAUUGUUUGUGGUGUUGUGCGUUUAUGCAAUUAACGCGCAGUUCUCAAGGAAAUUUAUUUGACAGACUAGCUUAAACACAUAACACCGUGCAUUCCUCUUUCCAGUAGAAGAGAGUGAUACAAAAUCAAUAAAAAUUGCAUUCAAAUUAGUGUGCACUUUGUCACUUUCUACAUAUUGAAAGUGGAUCCUCAUGUGGGUCUUUGUACUUAGUUUAUGUUUAGAGUUUGAAUCCUGUUGACUGUGUAUACUACACGUAGUUUCUGCUCACUGGACAGGAUUAUUUUGCACUGUCACAUGCUAGAUUUACAGUCACCAUGAUACACCGCAAUGUCCUAAUUUGGUGUUUCAUAGAGGGAGAGGAUUAUGCCCAGGCUUGUUAUGAGUGGGUGUAUAAAUCAGUCUGGAUAGCGUUUGUUUAAUUAUGGUGUAAGCACCUUGCCAAAUUUGU